AUGCAAUUCUUCACUCGUAUCACCGUGCUGGCCGCUGCCGCAGCUCCUUUUCUCGCGAACGCUGCUCCCGUCGACACCCCUCGCGCGGAUGAGAUUAUCCCCGGCAAAUACAUUGUCCAACUGAAGCCUGACACCGACGUUGCAUCGAUUACUGCCCACCACAACAAAGUCCGCAGCAUACAUGCCCGUAAUCUGGCUCGACGAGGUGGCGAUGGCCCUAACGGUACACCGGUGGAGCGUGAGUACGGCUUCGGCAAUUUCAAAGCCUAUGCUGGUUCAUUCGAUGAUGCAACCAUCGAAGAACUGAAGGCUCUUCCUGAGGUCCUCACUAUUGAACCUGACUUUAUCAUGAGAAUUAGCGCCUAUGUGAGCCAGGAGAAUGCGCCAUGGGGUCUAGCCAGUAUCUCUUCCCGUACACCAGGAGCUACAUCCUACGUCUACGAUGAGAGUGCGGGCGAUGGCACCUUCUCCUACGUAAUGGAUACUGGUGUUCGUAUCACUCACGUAGACUUCGAGGGGCGAGCAACCUAUGGCUUCAAUGCCGUUGCGGGCAGUCCUGAAACGGACACAGAUGGCCACGGAACGCAUGUAGCUGGAACCGUUGGUGGCGCGAAGUACGGCGUCGCCAAGAAGACCAACAUCAUUGCUGUGAAAGUCCUGGGCGGCGACACCGGAAGUGCAUCAGAUGUCUUCGCUGGGCUCGACUGGACAGUCAAUGACAUCGUGUCCAAGGGUCGACAAAACACCGCAGUCAUCAACAUCUCGCUUGGCUCUUCCGCUUCAACACUAUGGGACGCAGCCAUCACCGCAGCCUGGGAGAAAGGCGUCCUCGCCGUCAACGCAGCAGGAAACGAGGACAGCCCAGCCAGUAACUCCUCACCAUGCCGCUCUCCUGAAGUCAUUUGUGUCGGAAAUGCGGAAAUUGACAAUAGCAGACACAGCGGCUUUGGAGGCUCCAACUACGGCCCCGAGGUCGACAUCUUCGCUGCAGGAACGGAUAUCGUCUCUGCGUCUUGGCGGAGCGACACAGCAGAAAGAACUACGACCGGUACCUCCAUGGCGUCUCCUGCUGUAGCUGGUCUGGUUUCGUACCUCCGUGCUCUUGAGGGACCAUCGACUGCUGCGGACGUGAAGGCAAGGGUGUAUGAGCUGGCUACUCGAGGCGUUGUGACUGAUACUCUGGGUUCGGUGAACCUGCUGGCUUUUAACGGCAACCCCAGUGCGCGCAUUGCUAGCAGCCCAAGCAAUGACACUGUUGAUGGUACUAUUAAAGCGCGGGGAGCAUGGAAGCUGUGGUAG